GCCACUGGCCUUCUGGAGAGCGAUGAAAGUCCGCGGGUGCGCACCGCUGCCUUCGUCUCCGCGCUCUGCGUGGCUGGAGCAUGGUGGAAUGCUGCGCAUUUCGCGAAGACCUCUGGCUUGGUCGAGGACUCCACGAUGCCUUGGGUGCCAUCCUUGGACGAGCGGUUGACCAAUGCACUGAGCGGCCACCUGGGUCGGCUCCUUGAGGAGGCAAACGGGAUACCCGAAGACCUCCUCUUCCACACCAGCUCUUUGGAG